CCUCAGAUGCAAAAACAUAUGUUAAGACAAGUGCGGUAUUCAGCAACUCCAGAGAAAUAUGAUCAUCAAGCCCAGCCUGCCUUGAUACCGAACUUGCAAUAAAGAUGGCCGUGUCCCCUUUUCGAAAGAAAAAAACAAGCAAGCCCAGCCUGGCGCAUGCACCGACUAGUAACUGGUUAGAUGUAAAUCAUCUCUUUUGGACCUAUGUAUACUUGCCCGGCCGGUCAAGCAAAAUAGAGAGUCGACGACUAAGAGUGGAUCUAGCCUGUCUAUGUAAUUAAUUACAGUAACGAUAGGCAUAAGAAAUUCAGUGCAUGUGACAACGCCGUACUUAGCGCUAACCAUGCCAAUAACUCUUCAUAUAUAUCAAGGUGAGUCUGGAAUGAAUCCACACCUCACUUCUUUCCGUGUGUACAUCGACCUAUGUGUGUGAGUGAGGCAGAGAGAGCACAUCGAUCCCAAAAGAAAGAAAGAAAGAAAGAAAGAAAGAAAGAAAGAAAGUGAGAGACAAACAUUGAGAUGGAUGUCUUAAGUGCUAUGCAAUGGUGGGAGGAGUGGCAGCUGCGCGUCCUCGUCCUAGGCAGCCUCUUCAUCCAGUUCUUCCUCGCCUUUGCUGGAAGGAUGCGUGCCAUGCCCAAACUGAGGAUGUUCCUAUGGCUGGGGUACAUAGGCAGCGAUGCAGUGGCGAUCUACGCCCUCGCCACCCUCUUCAGUCGCCAGAAGAAGCUGACGGUGGAUGCGGGGAGCAGCUCUCUCGAGGUCAUAUGGGCACCUGUCCUCCUCAUCCACCUCGGUCAGAAUACCAUGAGUGCCUACAGCCUAGAAGAUAAUGAGCUAUGGCGGCGGCAUGUCUUCACCCUAAUGACUCAGGUAACGGUCGCCUUGUAUGUCUUCUGCAAGUGGUGGUCUGGCGGAGAGAGGCUGCUGGCGUCGGCGGUUUUGCUGUUCAUAGUUGGCAUCAUCAAAUUCGCCCAGAAGCCAUGGAUCCUUAGGAGAGCUAGCUUUGCUAGCCAACAAGCCGCCAGCUCUGUCUCUCGACCAAGAAAAGCAGGUAUAGUUUCUGCAUUGUGGAGAUUUUGCACUACACAGUACAGCGAAGCUGAGGCGGCAAAGAAUAAAGGAUGGAGGAAAGGACAAAAACAUGAAUCACUCCAGAAAUUUGUUGAAGAAGCAAGCAAGUCUGCGCUGGCCCCGGAGGCGGAAGCAGCUGAUCAUAAACAAAUGUAUGAUGAAAUGGCAUCCGCAAUCGGUCACACCAAUUACUUUGUCGACGUCAUUGCUCCAUACUCUGCUGGGCUUAAAGAGCUGAAAGCUUUCAUGAAGCUUGCAAGCUUGCGGGGAAACCUGACAAUAGACUGGUACAUCAGAACCAGAUUUUUAGCCCUAUAUGCAAAUGUGAGAACAUUUGGCAGUCCUCUUGCCCUUCUGUUGCAUUUCUUUCUUCUUCCCUCCAUGGCUUUAGCCUCGCUGGUGCUCUUUGCCAGGAGCCACAAGGAUGGUUACAGUGUGCACGACAUCAGGGUGACAUACAUCGUCUUCUGUUGGGCUGCUGUGCAGGAACUCAUUCCAUGGUUGUUUACCCCGGUGCUUUUAUUCUAUCAGAACCUCCCAAAAUGCAUGGGAACAACUAAUGGAGGGAUGGUCAUGGUCCCCCAGUACAACCUGUUGUCGUACUGUGCUCGCAAGAAGAAGCCGAGCAUUCUGAUGAAGCUUGCUACCUUCAGUUUCCUAAGGGAGCUCGUUGGCAAAUAUGGGUGCAUUGAGGAGGUAGAUUCAACACAUAAUAUUGUAUGGCUGGUAUUCUCAUAUGUGAAGUUGGGUUGGAAACAGUACAUCCAGGGCGACGCUGCUAGAUACAAGAGAUUCAAUAACUUCAGGGGACAGAUGACCCUAAGUUUGCUGGGUCUGAUGGAACGGAUAGGAUGGAGCGUGAGCACGAGAUUCGACGAGAGCAUUCUCAUGUGGCACAUCGCAACGGACCUCUGCUUCUCCUACCCCAACACAUCAGUGACAUCACCACAAGCAGUAUCUUACGCAAAGAUGAGCAAGGACAUAUCCAACUACAUGAUGUACCUAUUUUUCAUCAGUCCUGAGAUGCUGAUUCCCGGCACCAGACCCGCUCUCUUCUCCAUCGCCAGCGAACACAUCGAGCUGCUCUUGAAGGACAGCACGGUGCCGCUUGACAAAGAAGAAAAUCUUGCUCGGGAGAUUCUGAAGGCAAAGAAAAGAAAAGAUACUCCGAUUGACGAUGCAUGCAAGCUUGCUGAGGCACUGAUGGAACUAGAAGAGGGGAAGAGGUGGGCACUGAUCCAAAACAUGUGGGUGGAGAUGCUAUGCUAUUCCGUCAGCAGAUGCAGGGGUUACCUGCAGGCUAAGAGCCUCGGUCAAGGUGUCGGCUUCUCUAGCUGGGUAUGGGUCAUGUGGUCGUUCAUGGGGAUGGAGACAUGGGUUGAGAGGUAUCAUAGGUUGGAAGAAUACCCCGAUUUAGGAGGAGGAGGAGGAUCAGGAGGGGAAGGAGCACAUGUGAUGGCAUCAAAUUCCAUGUCACAAGGGGGAGCAGCAGAAGGACGAGGAGCAGAGGAAGGAGGAGAUGAGAGAGCAUCAAGUUACCGGUCGCAAGGCGGAGCCGAUGAAGGAGAAGAAGGACGAGGAGCAGAGGAAGGAGGAGCUGAGAGAGCAUCAGUGCGAGGACGAAGGAAAGGAAGGCAAGGAGGAGCGACGACUGGUGGAAUACGAGGACGAGGGGCAGGAGGAAGAGGAGAAGGCGUGGGCGCGUCUGGUUCUCGAUCCCAAUCCAGAGCCAGAGACGACGAUGGUUCGAUAGAAAUUACCAUAGUGCGCUAAUAAGUGCUGUUUCAUGUUGAAAAUUGCAAUCCCGGGUCUGUCACAUUUACUUUCGAGACACGUGCUCUUUGAUCCGUUCCGUUGUAUCUUAGCUGCAGCUAGCUGCUGCUUCAUAUUGGUGUCUUUAUCAUUUCCUUUAUUUUCUCUGUUGUCUGCUUUUGUUUACUCUUUCUUGCUGAAACAGCCUGUAUGCUCCUCUUGUCGCGAUUAAUAAAUUUCUCCA